AUGGUGGCCCCGUCAAAACCCCUUCACCCCCGUCGACGGCGCAGGGGUAUCUUGGGCCGCCGGCUGGCCUGCCACGCCCUCUCGACCGUGCUUCUCUCCCACACCCAAAAACGAUACAUUACCUUCUUAUGCUCCAAACCUGCUGCUCUCGUCUCUCCCCACUCUCUUCUCUGUACACCAUCUUGUGUGUCCGUGUAUUUCAAACCCUCUCCAGACUGCCGCUCCUGGCUCUCCAGGGCGCGACGUGUGAGACUAUAUCCCGAGUGUAUACUCUGUUCCGACGCGGGCAAGAAGAAAAACGUGAGUCUCUGGUCCAUUUACUGUCUUUAUGCGUUCGCAAUCCUGCAUCCUGCGCGUUGA